AUGUGCUACGUCUACCGGCACCGCCACGUCUGCUGCGACUGCAGCCGCAUCAUGUCCUCCAAAGACAAGACCGGCUGGUGCGAGAAGCGCCUCAACCCCUUCGGGCACGUCGUGCCCUGCUGCCCUGAGGGCACAAAGCUGGUCCACCUCGACUACAAGGUCAUGCGCUGCGUCGCUUGCCACUUCGGUCUCACACGUGCUGUCGACACACCUUGGCGAGACACUCGAUUGCCGGAACAGCGGCAAGGCCAGCACGGUGAGCCAACGGAAAGCGAUGCAGAUGGAGGGUCUGAGACUGAGGCCCCAGGCCUGCUGUCGGGUGUCGGCAGGUACGUGGGCCGAGUUCUCGCGGGGUGGGUGGUGACGAUCCUGGGCGGUGUUCCUGUCCCACCUGACCAUCCAGCCUAUAGCCGUUCCUGA